AUGGUUUUCUACGCCCCUUUGCAAGCGGCUGCGAUCGAUCAAGAAAAUGAAGACUACGAUAAAGUGGCCGUGAGAACUCCCAGAAUAGGCAUUUCUCGUCGAUAUCUUCUCCUGUUUUUCCUGUGUAUGAUGGCUUCGCUAGUCUUUGGUGUUGAUCUGGGUUGGCAACUGGGCUCUUAUUACACGGCCAAGGAGCAGCAGCUAUAUCAAUCCUUGGGUCUUCUGUCAGAUCUCGGCGAGCUUAAAACAACUUUUCAAUAUGAACGGAUAUACAGUGAAAUACCAUCCAAUGUAUCCAACGCCGCAUGGAAAGAGAUAUUCCCUGCACGAGGUGGAUUCUUUAGACACCCCCAUCUAACACCGGACGGCGCGGGGCUGGCUGUUUUCCAUCAAUUACAUUGCUUGGACAAUAUCCGAAGAGGAUACUGGCUGCAUGCAGAUGACAGGCGGCGUGAUAGCCCUCACCACAUCACCCCAGCUCAUAUCCGGCACUGCAUUGACUACCUGCGACAGUCACUCAUGUGCCACGCAGACACAAAUAUUGAACCUAUCGAUGAAACCCUGCAAGGUGUGCGUGGGUUCGGUGUUGAACACAAAUGUCGCGAUUUCGAUACUGUACGUGAUUGGGUUUCUAAAUGGGAAGAUGGACUUGUAGAGUAA